UAGACGCCGCUGCAGUGACACCCGCUCCGCUGCUAGCUUCACCAGUCGAGCUCAGAGAAAGAACUAGGAAACAGGGGCUGCACAAUUAACUACAGCAACUUACCAACAAGGGGAGGCGGCGAACAGGGAAAACAAAGCAGGUUUUGUUCCGAGGAGCACCUGAGUUGCCUUUUGCUGUCUUGACAAGUCGGGGGACAUUAGUGAAGACGCCGUUUACAAGGUGGACAGUCCGCUGCCUGGUUGCUCGUGGUAACUCUCCGCCAUGCCUUUCCCCUUUGGCAAGUCCCACAAGUCGCCGGCGGACAUCGUCAAAAACCUUAAGGACAGCAUGACGGUGCUCGAGAAGCACGACAUUUCGGACAAAAAGGCAGAGAAGGCCACAGAGGAGGUGUCAAAAAGCCUGGUGGCGAUGAAGGAGAUCCUUUAUGGGACUAAUGAGAAAGAGCCCCAAACAGAAGCAGUGGCCCAGCUAGCCCAGGAGCUCUACAACAGUGGCUUGCUCAGCACCCUCAUAGCGGACCUGCAGCUUAUCGACUUUGAGGGUAAAAAAGAUGUGGCUCAGAUAUUCAACAACAUCCUGAGGCGUCAGAUUGGCACUCGGACGCCGACAGUGGAGUACCUCUGCACCCAGCAGAAUAUCCUCUUCAUGUUGCUUAAAGGGUAUGAGUCCCCAGAGAUUGCCCUAAACUGCGGUAUCAUGUUGAGGGAGUGCAUCAGACAUGAACCGCUGGCCAAAAUCACGCUGUGGUCAGAGCAGUUUUACGACUUCUUCAGAUAUGUGGAGAUGUCUACUUUCGACAUUGCCUCAGACGCAUUUGCCACUUUCAAAGACCUCCUCACAAGACACAAGCUACUGAGUGCAGAGUUUCUGGAGCAACAUUAUGACAGAUUCUUUAGUGAAUAUGAGAAGUUACUCCACUCAGAAAACUACGUGACUAAAAGGCAGUCCCUCAAGUUACUGGGGGAGUUGCUUCUUGACCGGCACAAUUUCACCAUAAUGACGAAAUACAUCAGCAAGCCAGAGAAUCUCAAAUUAAUGAUGAACCUGCUACGGGACAAGAGCCGCAACAUCCAGUUUGAGGCUUUCCAUGUUUUUAAGGUGUUUGUGGCCAACCCCAACAAGACGCAGCCCAUCCUGGACAUCCUGCUGAAGAACCAAACCAAACUCAUUGAGUUUCUCAGCAAGUUCCAGAACGACAGAACGGAGGAUGAACAGUUCAAUGACGAAAAGACUUACCUGGUCAAACAGAUCAGGGACCUCAAGCGGCCUGCCCCCCAGGAGGCCUGAGGCACGGUGCAGAGGUGGGGGGAGGAGCCACCAGGACCAUGUCUGGACAACACCCAGACAACGUCUGCUUAACGGACCCAUCAGCAGCUGCUGUUCUGGUUUCUGAACAAAAAUUGAGGAAACAAACGAAAAACCAACGUACCCAUAUCAACUCAUCAGGAAGUCGCCAGCUCCUCUGCUCCUCAGUGAACAUUUGAUUACUUCUUUUUUCUUUUUCAGUCUUUUUCCUUCAAAAGAAAUAAGAGAAAAUAAUAGAUGCUGCUGCUUUCUUGCACAUUGAGACAUGUUAGGUAUAUUAUAAUGACACAGCAGUCCAUCAAACAUAGUAACAGAAAAUGUUGGUGCAUUCAAAGUAAGGCAGACUUCCUGAUAGAAAAACACACACACACACACACACACACACACACACACACAUACAUACAUACAUACAUACAUACAUACACACUCACACACACACACACUUCAAGGAACAAAGGUAGACAUGUUUACAUGCAGAUAUCUAUUACAUAAAAAACAUGCAUACACACAUACUGCAAGAAUAUCAGCUAAAAACCUUGUGAUGGAAAUGGUACGAGCAAGUUGAACAUUGGUGUGGUGGUUGCAUGCCUUGAAAUGUGACAGAUCCAUGGCUGUACCCAGCGUCGGCUCUGUGAUGGCCUGCCCAGUCUGGCUCCCAUGUUCAGUGCCACAGACUCGGAAUUGCACGUGCAUCACAGCAACCGCUACAAGUUCGUAUCUAUGCCUUCAUCCAAAACAGCAAACAGUGGUUCAUUUUAGCCAUUCAUGGGGACGAGCUCUCAGAUGCCAUCACACAGAACCAUUUACCUCCUGUGUGCUUUGUUACGACACAGCACUUGAAGCACAUGAGGGAAGGAGGGAUGUAAGGUAUGAAUUUGGUAAAGCCCGAGAGUUGGGUCUCUUUUUUGUUUUCUGGGACAGGGUGAACAUGUACAUAUGCCUUUUUUUUUUUUGCUUUGUAGAUUUUUGUUUAACCUUAACAUAUGAAUAUAUAUUAUAUAUAUAUUACCUUAAACCUCAUGUUUUUGGUUAAUUGUAAUCAAAUUACUUUCUAAAACCAUAGAAGAAACAACAAACAAGUUAAGUGACAUUGUUUUUGCAUUUCAUUUUACUGCUGAAAUGGUUGCUGUUGGGUUUCUUUGUACAUAACUUAAAGGGCCAGCUCACAUUUAGCUAACCUAUAGGAUAUUAACAAUUUGUACAGCGGAGGAAUGUCAUGGUAUUAGCUCUGGAUCUGUUAAUCCUCUUUUUAUUCUCCAUGUACAUUUUGAGUAUCUCUCAGACUGCUGAAAAUGUGCCAGAGUGGAGGGAGGUAGGGAGGGGAUUGGAAGAGCAUUAACUGAAACAUUAAAGUCUGUGUGUUUGUGCGCUUUGUGAGAUGCUGAGCGAUCAACAUCACCUAACUGGAGUCGAGGAUAGCGCCCCCCCAAAACUCCUCAAUUUCAUUAACUUGUUUUUCCUCAUUCUCACCACUCUGCUAGAGGCCUGGGAGUGCUGUGUGGCCCCGCAGUGAGUGUGCUUCAGGGGUGAGCUCAUCAGGACAUUGGCAACUCAGCGCACCAUUCUUACUUUCCCCCUUCCUCAUGUUUGAGCCUUUCUCCUCAGAGGGUUUAUAAUUCCAGUACAAUUGUGAGUGUAAAGCAUUGUGGGUAGCAGAGUACUUAGGGCACGUUGGAUUGUCCUCAUGGUGCUGAGCAAAACUGAUGAAACUGCAGAUUUGUUAAUUUACAGUGAAUGAAAUGGUCCAUGUAAUAAAACCAAGAGGCAAAUAAGAAACCAUCUCAGUGCAGAUUAACAGCACUAAUCGGAUAUCUGACUGUUCCUCCAUUCGCAUUGAACAUGCAUGUUCCUCCACUGGCUGUGCAUGAUGCUGUACUAAAGAUGUUGUACUGGAAUUGUUUCUUUUUUCCAAGUAUUUAACAACAUUGAAAUGUCAAAUUGAACGCUUGGCUGUAUGCUGACUUUGACUCCAGUUUCAGCAUAGAGCGUGUGGGUGCUUUCAGAAGUGUCAAAGGCCUGGGCCCUACAAUUGAAAUAAAGAGAAAAAACAUUUGGAAU